UACCUUGACCAUGUAUUUUCAGCAGUACUGGAGAGAUAAGCGGUUGGCCUAUGCUGGGAUCCCUCUGAACCUCACACUUGACAACCGAGUGGCUGAUCAGCUGUGGGUCCCUGACACAUAUUUUCUAAAUGACAAGAAAUCAUUUGUGCAUGGAGUGACAGUGAAAAACCGAAUGAUCCGCCUUCACCCUGAUGGAACUGUAUUAUAUGGACUCAGAAUUACAACAACAGCCGCAUGUAUGAUGGACCUGAGAAGAUAUCCCCUUGAUGAACAGAACUGCACUCUGGAAAUUGAAAGCUAUGGCUACACGACAGAUGACAUUGAGUUUUAUUGGCGAGGUGGGGACAAUGCUGUGACAGGUGUGGAAAGGAUUGAGCUUCCCCAGUUCUCCAUUGUAGAACACAGACUGGUCUCAAAGAAUGUUGUCUUUGCCACAGGUGCCUAUCCACGACUUUCACUGAGCUUCAGGUUGAAGAGAAAUAUUGGAUACUUCAUUCUUCAGACCUACAUGCCCUCCAUACUGAUUACAAUUUUAUCAUGGGUGUCAUUCUGGAUUAAUUAUGAUGCAUCAGCAGCAAGAGUUGCCCUUGGAAUUACAACUGUACUGACCAUGACAACAAUCAACACUCACCUUCGAGAGACUUUGCCCAAGAUCCCUUAUGUGAAAGCCAUCGACAUGUACCUGAUGGGAUGCUUUGUUUUUGUCUUCUUGGCCCUCCUGGAAUAUGCCUUUGUCAAUUACAUCUUUUUUGGAAGAGGCCCUCAAAGGCAGAAGAAGCUGGCAGAAAGGUCUGCAAGGGCAAAGAAUGACCGAUCCAAAAGCGAAACCAACCGGGUGGAUGCUCACGGAAACAUUCUGUUAACAUCACUUGAAAUUCACAAUGAAGUGAAUGAGGUCACAGGAGGCGUUGGAGAUUCCAGGAAUUCAGCAAUAUCCUUUGACAACUCAGGAAUCCAGUACAGGAAACAAAGCAUGCCUCGAGAAGGGCAUGGGCGACACUUGGGGGACAGAAACAUCCCGCACAAGAAGACCCAUUUACGGAGGAGGUCUUCACAGCUCAAAAUAAAAAUCCCCGACUUAACGGAUGUGAAUGCCAUAGACAGAUGGUCAAGGAUCGUGUUUCCAUUUACUUUUUCUCUUUUCAACCUGAUUUACUGGCUGUACUAUGUUAACUGAGCGACUCUACUUGGUUUUUCACAGACUUCAUUUAACACUGAGUGAAAUAUUACUCUGCUUGUCAUUUUUAUACCUA